UUAACUACAUGUAGUAAAUUUCAGUUAUUUAACAACAAAUCCUCCAUAAAAACAACUCUUCCAACUUCUUCUCUUCUCCAUCCAAUAAAAAAAACACACCCUCUGUUUCUUAUACUUCAUGGAGAUCAGGCUUCACCUCUAAUCCCUCUCCCAUCAAAGAUGGCACGAAGGCUGCCUUCUUCUGAAGGCACCCUUUUCUUGCAUUCAACCCUCUCCUUCUCUCUCAUCGCCGCCUGCAUCGCCGCCUCCAUAGCCAUCUUCGCCUCCUUAUGCGCGACCUGCAACCGAAAACCCUCAACAACCUCACCCAAAUCGCCCUCCCCUGAUCAUAACAAUGAAGAGGAACCAACUCAAGUCGAUGGAGAACGAGAACCAGAAUCAGAGCAGGAGGAAUGGGACCCACCGAUGUCGGAAGAGAGGAUAACGGAGCUUGAAGCGGCAAUCCAUGGGCCUAUAUAUCCGACAGAGCCUGCAGGGUCCACGUCGAAGAGAAGGAUUUCGGUGAGUUUGAGUAUCGGAAUUAAGGAUGGGUUGUCGAAGAUCAAGACGAAGAAGGAUAAUGGGAAAUUUGGAGGACGAGAAGAGUCCUUGUGGAAGAAGACUAUAAUUCUGGGAGAGAAGUGUAGGAUGAAGAGCGAGGAGGAAGGCGGGGAGGCGACAAGUCGGAGGUCGCAGGAGGAGGAGGAGGUUGUGUGAGCCAUGUGGAGGGCAUUGUUACAGCGGAAGGAUGGGGAUGGACCCAUGUAUUCCUACAUGCGAAGCAUUUUUGAGAUCACAAUGCACGUGUAAUUUGUAUUGGAAUUUGUGGGUGUGUAUAUAGGAGACCUUCCCCGCCAAUUAUAUACAUCACUUCA